GACGACGGGACGCGAGUCGGGAGUUUUAUUGCGAUCCGACAUCUCGUGCGUGCACGCGCAGUCGGGACGAGCCGCGUCUCCGUCAGCUGUUCCUUCCUUCUUUUUAUUAUUAUUAUUAUUAUUAUCAUCAUUCUUCCUCCCUUUUUUUCCCCCCUCCUCGCGUUCAUCCCUGUCUAAGACUGAGAGACUGGGGGAUAAAAGUGCAGGACUUUCCGGCUCUUCUCUGAAGAUGUAUCAGGGCCACUCUCAGGGGAAAGACUCGAGGGUGGUUGGCAUGAUGCUGAAGGAGUUCCCACGUAAGGCCUCCUCAGAUGGAAACCCCCUCCUCACCAUCACAACCAAGCUGGGUAGCGAGCACCAAGAGAGCCGACCGUUGCUGAGCCCCUCCAUCGACGACUUCCAGAGCGAGAGCAAGAGCGAUGGAGCCACACGACCGGUCACCUCUAACACAGCAGUCAUCUCGACAGCGCUGGACCUGGUGGACCUGAGCGAGCCGUACGAGAGGAGAUGGAGCUGGGAGCGCCGCAGCCCUCGCGCCUCUUCCAGGAAGAGCAGCCUCCGCAGGAAGAAGACCGACGAGACCGAGCUGAUCCAAGUGGAGACCGAGCAGCUCUCUCCUGGACACCUGAACCCCGAGAGAGCCUCGUUAGACUCCGUAAGCAGCUCACCCCGGGACAGAUGGGACGAAGUGAGUCUCCACCCAGACAGCGCCUGGGACGGUGCGAGGAAAUGGCGGUACGAGAGGAAGCGGUGCACCUCUCAUCACUCGUCCAGCGAGCUGCUCUGGUCUGCCGACUUUAGAAGCAGCCUCUCGAACAAACACUCGCUGGAGAUGAGCAUGAGCAUGGAGUCUGACCCUGGGCCUACACCACAGCGUCCCAAGCUGAGACUGGGAAGCUCUCUGUACGGCAGGCAGCACUCUCUGGAGGAGGAGUUUGUGCGAGCCAAAGCUGCUGUAGAGUCAGACACUGAGUUCUGGGAUAAGAUGCAGGCCGAGCUGGAGGAGCUCGCUCGACGGAACUGGCUGGAGGACUCCGAGAGUAAAGGCCAGGCUCCAGCCAACCUUUCUCCCAACGAGACGGGUUACUUCUUCCACAUGAACAACCCGUAUAAAGACUGGCCCAACGCUUUCGAAGACGGCCUGCAGAAAUCCCGAGAAGGUGACCUGAACAGUGCCGUCCAGCUGCUCGAGGCUGCCAUCCUACAGGACCCUCAGGACUCCGAGGCUUGGCAGGUGCUGGGAACAACACAGGCGGAGAACGAGAAUGAGCAGGCCGCCAUCGUCUGCCUUCAAAGGUGUCUGGAGCUGCACCCGAAUGACCUGAGCGCUCUCAUGGCACUGGCGGUGAGUUUGACCAACGCGGGACGGCAGCAGGAGGCGUGUGAGGCCCUGCACCGCUGGAUCACACACAACCCCACCUACACACACCUCCUUCAGGAGCGUAGUGCUCUGGACGGUUCACCACUACCUCAACGCAGGGGCUCCAACAUCUCCCCCGUCCCCACUCUAGGAUGCUCACAGUUGGUGGAGGUUUUGGAGCUUUAUCAGGAAGCCGUGCAGCAGAACCCGGGCUGCGUGGACCCUGACCUGCAGACGGGACUCGGCGUGCUCUUUAACCUCAGCUCGGAGUUCGAUAAGGCCGUGGACGCCUUUAAUGCCGCGCUGUCUGUACGGCCCGAGGACUAUCUGCUGUGGAACAGACUGGGUGCGACUCUGGCUAACGGAGACCGCAGCGAGGAAGCUGUUGAGGCCUACACACGAGCUCUGGAGCUCCAGCCUGGCUUCAUCCGCUCCAGAUACAACCUCGGCAUCAGCUGCAUCAACCUGGGAGCACACAGGGAAGCGGUGAGUAAUUUCCUGACGGCUCUGAACCAGCAGAGAAAAAGCAGGAGCCACCAGGUGAUGUCCAGCAGCAUUUGGGCAGCUCUCCGCAUCGCUCUGUCGCUCAUGGACCUCCCCGAGCUUUUCCACGCCGCCAGCGUCGGCGAUCUCGAUCUCCUCAUGCAGGCUUUCAAUAUGGAUAUUUGACCCUGAACCUAUAAACAAAAAAACAAAACAACACCACCAACCUGAUGGGUGCAGCACCGACGCUGGGCUUCUUAAAAAAAUUAGCGAAAGCCAUGUGACACACGCAAAGCGCUUUAUUUAUUUGUAUUUCUGCUAGUGUGUGUGUCUACAACUGAUUUGCAGUUUACACAGAGGAGAGUGGCGGUUUAUAUACAUACAUACCUACCUACAUACAUACAUACAUACAAACAUACAUACAUACAUACAUACAUACAUACAAACAUACAUAGGGUUUCGAAUGAUGCUAGGUGUGUGUGUGUGUGUGAAAGCGAGAAAGGCGGAACAACUACAAGCACAUUUUAGAGAAUACUACUUCAGAAUAUAGUCUUUCCUAUUGCAUUGCACAAGGCCAAUGCUGUUUGUAUCCUCGACUUCUAGCACAGAGAAAACACAUUUAUGGAUAGAACAUGACCUUUAAUAACCUCAGAUGCUUCUAAAAUCAUACGCUAUUAUGAAUUAUUUUAUUUAGUCCAGCACGUCACUUUUGGGCAUUCUUAUGUGUACCUUUGCUCUUGUACUUUCCAUAUGCCAGGUUGCAUUUCCCAAAGACAUAAACUGAAUAUUCUGGAUUGCCAGGUUGUAGCAAAAUGUUCACUUCGGUGCUUGGUAGUGAAAGUAUUCACCCCACUUGAUUUUUUUUUUUCCUUGAGCACAUUUUGUACUGGAAGUGAAAUAGAUUAAAUUGGGAUUGUCAUAUAUACAUAGGAUAUGUCUAAAAGAGUUUUUGAGGGGGUAAAUACUUAUGCUUAGACACCGUAGAGGCUGAUUAAAUGUUUAUAUACAGGUUUAUAUACAAAUAUACAAAGAGUCUAUUUCUAAUAAAAGUGAACAAAGGGAAACUUUGGGGAGGGGGUGCAAAUAUUUUUGCACAUGAUAGUUUGAGAUGACUCUGCUUAAAGCAUGCUAAACUAGUAGCUAUAAGGUUCACUACUUGUAAGCUACAUUAGCCUUGUCGCUCAAAAAUAUAAUGUAGAAGCAGGCCUGCACUUCUGCUUUUCCGCCACAUGAUGACACUGUUGCUACACAGAGUCACCACAGUGACCCCGGGGUGAUGAGUGACAUUAAGUGCGUCUCUCUUCGGGACACAGCGGCCCCUCUGAGGCAUGUCAUGUGCCCAGGUGUGCCAGCAGGAAGUGUUGCCCCGAGCCAUCUGUGUUCCAGCGCUCCCCUUUGACUGCGCAGAGCUCGGGGUUCCGCGGGGGGCCGACUUCAAACGCCUCGCAUGAAAGGUCACAGCAAAAAAAAAAAAAAACCUACAGCAUCAUGUUGAAAGUAAGGAAAUGUAUGAAAGCACACUGGCACAAGCAGCUGAGCGGAUAGUGAACCCGAUCCCAAAUGUAUGCAGGUGACAAAAAACGAGGAUUAUUGUUGGACUUUAAAAGGUCAAAUGUCAUAGGGUCACAUAUAAUGAAAUUCUAUUAUGAUAAUUGUUUUUUUUUUAAAGUAACAGGCAACAAGAAGGGACAUGAGAAUGAAUUUUGGAUCUGUGCUUCCCCUUAUGGAAAAGUCUCAUAACUUGACAUGGGAGUCAAUUGUGAUUACAUUUACUGUAAGUGUGAGAGAAAUUUUAAUUGAGGAACAAAAUCACAAAAUUGCUCAAAUUAAUAAUCACGUUUGAUAUAUUGAGAAAUUUACAAAUAAAAUUACGUCUGAAAACUUUACGGGAAAUGAUAAGUCCUUUACCAAAAAAAAUAAUUGAAAUGUAAAAAUUAAUUAAACCAUAUGAUCUGAUGUGACCUAUUAAAAUGUACUGUAAU